GACCUCGAGGAGGAGCUGAACAAGUUGUCGUCAACCACCGCAGCGCCUUCGAGCGAUAGUGAAGCAGGGACCGACCACGACGACGAGCUGUUCACGCAGUGGAAGCGGAUCGCGGGCCGCCAGAAGGAGCAGGCGGAUCGGUCCAUUGUGGAGAACCUCAAGCUGCGGUCGAUGCUGGAGGGACAGCUGCGGGUCGCGCGCAGUCUCGAAGCUGCGAUUCAGAGUCAGCAGGAAGAGGCCGCGCAGCUUCUGACGUGGCAUCCCAGCAACGGUGGAGUCAAGGCUAUCGAAGGAGGAAGACGACCACGCGCGACGAGUGUGUCGGACGAUUUAAUUUUCGCCCAGCUGAACGUGGGGCUGGAGGCUCAGUACGCCGAGAUUGACGCUGUCAUGGGCCAGACGGACUUGGCGAAGCUGCUCCAGAACUCGAACAGCAUCCAGACUUUUCAUAAUGCGAACGGCAUUGCGUUCCGACACGAAGAAGCUCGCUUGCUGCCGUUCUCGAUGCCCGCAGUGCACCGCGCUAUGUGGAGUUGUGUUGGCUACGGCAAGGCGAGGGAGCUGGUGGGGCGUAUCCGAACGCGCGUUGUCAACAACGACCAUCUGAACGUCCAGAUUCUAGACCACCUACAGCUACCUAAGUCUCAGGGGUUUGAGAUUUGUGCACGACUGGCAAUGCGGCGAUACUUCGAGCAAGAUCGCAUCGUAGUCGUGUGGAGGGGGUAUGCUGAGGUUGCCGGCUCCAUCUUCGUGCGCCUGCACGAGAAG